AUGUUCAAUCUGGCGGACACGAUACUGGCCUAUGUGCCCUUACCGGAGCUCAAAUACGAGCACACGCACUGGGUCCGCGGCGCGACACCGCUCAGCACCCAGCCUGUCGUCGUCGCCGCGCUCGUGUCCUACCUCGUCGUUAUCUUCGGCAUCCAGGAGAUAAUGAAGAACCGCAAGCCGCUCAAGCUUCAGGUUCCCUUCAUGAUUCACAACGUGUAUCUUACCACCGGAAGCGGUCUGCUUCUGAUGCUCAUGCUUGAGGAAAUCCUCCCCAAACUUUGGAACCAUGGCGUUUUCUAUGCAAUUUGCAACUCCAGCUCUUGGACUGAGAGGAUGGAAUUUUAUUAUAUGAUCAACUACUACAUCAAAUACAUCGAGCUCAUCGACACGGUCUUCCUCGCCCUCAAGAAGAAGCCUCUCGCCUUUUUGCAUGUCUUCCACCACUCGGCUACCGCUUUCCUCUGCUUCACUCAGCUUAACGGCAAGACCUCCAUCUCUUGGGUUGUCAUCACACUCAACCUCACUGUGCAUGUCUUCAUGUACUACUACUACCUCAUGACCGCCGCAGGCUACAAGAUCUGGUGGAAGAAGUACCUCACGUCGAUGCAGAUCAUCCAGUUCAUUAUUGACCUCUUCAUCGUCUACUUCGGCACGUAUUCUUACUUCACCGCCACAUACUGGCCACAUCUCCCGAACAUGGGGUCCUGCGCUGGCACCGAGGGCGCUGCCCUCUUCGGCUGCGGAUUGCUCACAAGCUACCUCUUCUUGUUCAUCAACUUCUACAUUCAGACGUACAAGAAGCCCGCUGGCAAGAAGCCUGUCGCGAAUGGCAAGGCAAACGGCCACAGCUUCAAGAGCGAAUGA